AUGUACCUUUUGAACAGCAGUAAACCCCCACUAUUUUACUUUUCAUGGAUAUCCCUUGUCCCCACAAGACCUAUUCCCAAGAAUUAUCAACAUGUCCUGGCCUUGGCAUUUGCCAUCCAGGAGAUCAACAAAGACCCCCGGCUUCUCCCCAACAUCACCCUGGGCUUCCGCAUCUACGAAGAGAACGAGUAUGCAAGCAUGGUUCAAGAUGUCAGCCUGUCUCUGCUCUCCAGCCGGGGAAAAUUGUUCCCUAACUACAAAAAGGGUUUGGCUCUUCAUGCCGGCUUGCCCCCUCGCGGGGCUCCUGAUACUGUAGGCCCCGCUAGCCGGGAAAGCGCACCGGAGUCCCAGCUGCCACUAGGUUACCGCUUCUCUGAUCCUGUUUUGAGGGAUAAGAUCCUGUUCCCCACCUUCUACCAGAUCGAUCCUCAGUAUCACUUAAAGAAUGCAGCCAUUGUCCAGCUCCUUCUCUAUUUCCAAUGGAACUGGGUUGGGAUCAUUGUUCAGGACUCCGAAAGCAGUGACCACUUCCUACAGAUUUUUGAUGCCACCCUUGCUCAGAAUGAUAUUUGCAUACAAUUUGUAAAAGAGAUCUUGCCCCUAAUCUUAAUAUUUAAUGAAUUGCAUAGCAAUCAAAUAGAUGUACUUUGGACAAUUUUGAACAGUGAUGCUCAUGUUGUGAUUGUCUCCGGGGAUUCAAGUGCUCUGAAAAACCUUAUAGUAUCCCUUUACACUUAUGAAGAAGAGAACCAUGCUGCUUUGGGGAAGGUCUGGAUCCUGACCACCCAAUGGGAAUUUUCAGCGAUUGGCUAUCACUACGAUUGGGUGAAAUUAAAAUCCCUCCAUGGCGCUUUAUCUUUCACAGUCCACACCAACCCGGUGCCAGGAUUCAAAGAUUAUCUCUGGGCUGUGAAUCCACACAAACCCCACGGAGACGUCUUUCUUCCUGAGUGGUGGGAAGUUGUAUUUGACUGUGAGCUUUUGAAGGCAGGUCUGGCCUCACCUGACGGCCGAAGGGUUUGCACAGGGCAGGAGAAUCUGGACACGCUCCCGGUCUCUGUCUUUGAUGGACAAAUGACCAGUUUCAGCUACAGCAUCUACAAUGCUGCCUAUUCUGUGGCACACGCAUCGCAUGCUGCGUAUACAUGGGAAUCACAACAGGCAUUGAAGAGAGGCAGAAAGAAGCCACACCUUCACCUCGCUGUGAAGCCCUGGCAGAUCCACGCCUUCUUGAAAAACAUCCUUUUCAAUAACACCGCUGGGGAUGAAGUCUCCUUUUCAGAAACUGGGAUGAAAUAUGCAGGAUUUGAUAUCCUCAACUGGGUCGUCUUUGCAAAUAUGACGAUCCUUCGGCAGAAAGUUGGAUGGGUUGAUCCAGAGGCUCCUUCAGCUGAAGGUUUCAGCAUCGACCCUGAUACCAUUGUGUGGGCUAAGCAGACUAAGCCUUUCUCCCGUUGUGUGAAGCACUGCCUUCCAGGACAAGCCAGGAAAGUUACAGAGGGGAAACAUUCUUGUUGCUAUGGAUGUGUUUCUUGCCCAGAAGGGACCAUUUCUAAUCAAACAGGCAAGUAUGCAGCUCGGUGCAUCCCCUGCCCAGAAGACCAACACCCAAGCAACAACCACGUCCUGUGCAUUCCCAAGACCAUGAACUUUCUCUCCUAUGAGGAUACACUCGGCUUCAUUUUAGUUUGUCUAGUUCUUUUCUUCUCUUUGAUCACAAUCCUUGUGUUGGCAGCCUUCAUCAAACACUGCAACACACCAAUCGUCAAGGCAAACAACCGCAAUCUCACCUACAUCCUCCUUAUCUCCCUCCUGCUCUGCUUUCUCUGCUCCUUCCUCUUCAUCGGGCAGCCAAGGAACCUCACCUGUCUCCUCCGACAAACCACGUUUGGCAUCAUCUUCUCCAUUGCCAUUUCAUCUGUGUUGGCAAAAACUCUGACUGUGGUUGUGGCCUUCGUGGCUACUAAGCCAGGAAACAGGGCAAGAAAACUCUUGGGGAAGCAACUGAUCGUAGUCUUGGCUUGUCCCCUUGUGCAAGCAGCUCUUUGUGCCUCCUGGCUGGCAGUCUCGCCCCCAUUUAGUAAGUUGGAUUUUCAUUCUGUGAUAGGAGAAAUUGUGAUGGAAUGCAAUGAAGGUUCAACUAUCAUGUUUUAUGCUGUUCUGGGCUACAUGGGUUUCCUGAGUCUCAUCAGCUUCAUAGUGGCUUUUCUGGCCAGGAAGCUGCCCGACAGCUUUAAUGAAGCCAAAUUCAUUACUUUCAGCAUGCUGGUCUUCUGUAGUGUUUGGGUCUCCUUUCUCCCCACCUAUCUGAGCACCAAAGGGAAGUCCAUGGUGGCCGUGGAGAUCUUCUCCAUCUUGGCCUCUGCGGCUGGUCUGCUGAGUUGCAUCUUUCUCCCCAAAUGCUAUGUUAUAGUGCUGAGGCCAGAUCUGAACAAUAGAAGUCACCUCAUGGGGAAAGUUAAGUAG